AUGGUGUCGACGUGGUGUGUGUUCCUAGCCCUGAUUAGUUGCUCUGUGACCCAGGCCGCCAGUGGCUGUCCAAAGACACCAUCAGAAUGUGGAGGCGCCAACACAAAUGGAAACAUCAUCGACCUGCAAGAGCCGCAAAAGCCUGGCCCGUUUCAUGACUUGACCAAAGCUGAAACGACUGAGGUAAGCAAUGACUUGACCAAAGCUGAGAUGACUGAGGUAAGCAAUGACUUGACCAAAGCUGAGAUGACUGAGGUAAGCAAUGACUUGACCAAAGCUGAGAUGACUGAGGUAAGCAAUGACUUGACCAAAGCUGAGAUGACUGAGGUAAGCAAUGACUUGACCAAAGCUGAGAUGACUGAGGUAAGCAAUGACUUGACCAAAGCUGAGAUGACUGAGGUAAGCAAUGACUUGACCAAAGCUGAGAUGACUGAGCUCCGUAAGUUCCUGGAGAAAGAUCCUAAUAUCCGAGCCGCCAACACGAGCACAGCCACCGUCAGCUCCAGCUUUAUCUACAUGGCUGAUCUGUACCUGCCUAAGAAAUCAGAGGUUCUCAAAUUCCUGGAUUCUAUGGGUAAGCAACCUGCCAGGUAUGCACGUGUGAUGAUGAAUCGUGGUGACCUUGACCCCCCUGUGGUAGAAGAAUAUGUCUGUGGACCUCUGCCUGGCGUCAAAAGUUGCGACCUGCUUAAGAUUAGAAACAGAAGGAACCCAGUCGAGUUCUCUUUGAGGUUGUUCAGUAAAAUGGACUUUGAUGCCAUCAGUGAACACAUAUUUCAACCUCUCGAUGUUCAAGUGGGUCACAUUCUGCGUGAAAGCUACAACGCAACGUUUACAGGCUGUGCUUCUAACCCUAGCGACUGUCUGGGCACCAACCCCAUACCCGUGGGUACAGGGCUGUUGAACAGCACUAACCAAAGGCGAAUGUGGCUGUUCGCCAUGUACAAUAUCCCCUUCUACCUACUGCACCCUGUCGACUUUGGCGUCCUGUGUAACCUCGAGGGUUCGAAUCCCAGAAAGUGGAAGGUGGAGAAGAUUUGGUACGCUGGCAGGAUAUACGACACUGUGGAAGAGCUGGUAGACGGAUACAACAAUCACAAAAUCCCCACGGUGCAAGUGGUCAAGCCAAAAGAGACCAACAAACUAUUUAGCACUUUGUACAGACGAGGACAGCCUUUACCCAAGAAACCACAGAGAGCACCGGUACAGGUAGAGCCAGACGGCAAGAGGUACUCACUCAAACACAGGAAGGUGGAGUAUAUGGGCUGGACCUUCAACUUCCGGAUGUCAGCACUGACUGGACCUUCGCUCUAUGACGUCAGGUUUAAAGGGGAGAGAAUCGCUUACGAGUUUGGUCUGGCUGAGAUAUCGGUGUUUUAUUCCGGUGGGGCCCCUAUGUCACAAAUAACAAACUACGUGGACAGUGGCGUGCUACUGGGGUCUCACUCCAAGUCCAUGGUACCGGGGGGUGACUGCCCUGAGUUCUCUACCCUUGUCAACCAGACAUUCUGGAGUCAGCACCAAGACGAACCUGGAGUCUUUGACGCCACUUUCUGUCUGUUCGAGAUCAACAACGGUUACCCGCUUAGGAGACACUCGUCCUAUGAGAAGGAAGCUGGUUCGUUCUAUGGUGGCAUGUUGGAUUCCGUACUCACACUAAGGUUUGUUGUAUGGCUGCAUGUUGGAUUCUGUUUGUUCUAUGGCGGCAUGUUGGAUUCUGUACUCACACUAAGAUCCGCGUUGACAAUUGGCAACUAUGAUUACAUCAUAGACUUCAUCUUCCAUCAAAAUGGCGUUGUCGAGGCGAGAUUAAUGAGCACAGGUUACAUCCAGUCCAGCUUUUACUCUGACCUUGAGAAGUCCUAUGGCUUUAAACUUGAGAAAUCACUGACCGGAAGUGUCCACCACCACAUGGCCCACUUUAAAGCUGACCUGGAUGUGGGUGGUACGUCUAACCGUUAUGAGACUCUGGACAUCGUCAACGAAGUAGUUUCAAUCAGAGAGAACCCAGGCAUGAUGUACCAGCAAACAAAGUACACGAGAAACCUGAAGAAAACGGAGCGAGAAGCUGUCUACGACUACAACUUUCACACGCCAAAGUAUCUUGUCGUACACAACGAGGCCAAGAAAUCCAAAUUUAAUGAGCUCAAGGGUUACAGAAUUCAGCUAAACGGCAUCUCUCACAACCUGUUGCCACGUGACCAGGGAAAUGAGCGCACCAUCCCCUGGGCACGGCACCAGAUGGUGGUCACCAGACACAAGGACGACGAGAUCUGGUCUAGCUCCAACUACGGCAUGUUUGACGGCCUUGACCCUGUGGUCAACUUCACCAAAUUUUAUGAUGACGACGAAGACAUUGUUGACCAGGACCUGGUAUUCUGGCUGACUGGGGGCAUGCAUCACAUCCCCCACACUGAAGACCUGCCUGUGACCCCAACUGUAGGCAAUCACUUGACCUUCUUCUUGCUGCCCUACAACUAUUUCGAUGAGUGUCCGUCAAUGGGUUCACGGGAUGCAAUGUAUAUCAAACACAUUGACCCACGUGACCCCACCAAAGGUGUUACUGUUGACAGGAACGGCAACUCUAAAGAUCAGUGCGUCAUCCCGAAGUCAACCCUUGAGAAUGACGUCAGAGACAACCCUGACCUUGUCCUUGAGAGCAGGAGAAAGAAUUUUGUUUACUAA